AUGGAAGAUCAUAUGAAGUUAGAGGUUAUUGGGAGAGAAGUGAUCAAACCUGCUUCCCGGUCAACUCAAAAUCACUGCCUUGAUCUCUCCCUCAUGGACUUCUAUUCUCCAGCAAGUUAUCUUUCAACAAUCUUUUUCUACAAAGACCUUGCAGGAGGGUCUUCGGAGAUGGUCUCCCGAAGACUGAAGAUCUCUCUGUCGAAGACUCUCACCCGUUUCUAUCCUUUGGCCGGACGAAUCGAAGACGUUUCCCUCAACUGCAACGACGAAGGUGCCGUGUUCACUGAAGCAAGAACCGAUCUCCUCCUCUCAGACUUCCUUAAAAACAACCAACUCCUUCUCGAUUCUCUUGGAGAAUUCCUCCCACUAACCGCACCAGAAGAAUCCGCAGGGUCAUGGCCACUACUGAGUGUUAAAGUGAGUUUCUUCGGAUCCGGAUCAGGUGUUGCCGUUACUUUGGCCAUAUCUCACAAAAUCUGUGACGCAUCCUCCAUGCUGACCUUUGCCCAAGACUGGGCGGCCACUACAGCGAAAGGUGGACCGGUGGCCGUGGUGACUGCUCCUCAGUUUGCAGAAACUACCAUAUACCCUUCUCCUCAUAGGAUGCAGCCUCCUCCAAUGGAGGACGCUGCUCCUCUUUUUGAGCCUAGUGUCAAGUGGGUGAUCAAUAGAUUCAUAUUCAAAUCCUCCAAGAUCUCUGACCUCAAACGCAAGGCUGCGAGUGAAAGUGUGCCAGUCCCUACACGUGUGGAAGCCAUCUCAUCACUCAUUUGGAGAUGUGCCAGAAAUGCCGCACGCUCUAACUCGGCCGCUCCAAAGUCAACGCUCAUGUCUCAAGCCAUGGACAUGAGGCUUAGGGUCCCCUCUAAUGUUUUGUCACCCUUCGCUGUCGGGAACCUGCAAUCAUUUUUCUACCUCAAGAAAAGCGCAGAGAGCGAGAUGGAGACUGGCGCAAUCGUUACCGAGUUAAGAAAGGCCAAGGACGGGCUCAACGAAAUCAUCAAAGAGAGUCUCGAGACUAGCACACUUGCUAUCAAUUUGUUGAGUGUGCUAGGAAAUUUAACUGCUGAGUUAAAUUCAGGCGUAGACUUUUACGCAAUGACUAGCUGGUGCAAAAAGCCUUUCUACGAGGUUGACUUUGGAUGGGGUACUCCGGUAUGGAUUGGAAACUCUUCACUUAGCAUCCCAGGCAAUGUAGCGUGUGGGAUUUUAAUGGAUUCUAAAGAUGGUGAAGAUGUAGAAGCUUGGGUAGUCUUACCAAAACAAGACAUGGCCGUGUUCAUCCGUGACCAAGACUUGCUUACUUAUGGUGUCCUAAAUCCUCCAGUUUUGAUCUAAACUACAUAUUCGUUUGGUCAUCCAAGAUUGGGCUAUAUAUGUUUUGUUCUAGUUAUUGUUUGGCUUUCGCAUUUCCCUGUGAUUUUGAAUAAAGAGAACAAUUAUCUCAGUUUUCUAUGUUUUUAUGAUCGUGACCUUGUUUGUACUCUAUAUGGUUUUAACGUCUGUUUGUUUUUUUUUCUUGUUUU